AUUAAAACCACAGCUCUUGGUGUAAACCCCACGCACCACCAACGCUGUGAUCCAUCUCGCUCUUAUCAAGACCACCUCCUUGUCUUCUCUCCUCCCCGCUGCUUUGCUGGACGCAGGUCCUUUGCGGUGUGCGACGGUCUGAAUGAUAUUUCCCAUAUUACUCUCUGAUACCCUUGCUCUCUACUACACCCGUCAGAUUUUCUGACCAUGCCAUCUCAAACUGAGAUCUUUGUCAAGGCCAUCUCUCGCCUUCUGGGAUGGAUAUAGUAUGUUGCAACUAGAUUUGUCAUAUUUAUAUACGACUACUUACUCCCUUUCCAAGCUGACGGAUCUGCAGUACGUUCUGCUGGUCCGCAUCCUUCUAUCCCCAACCAAUCCAUAACUACCAACGACGGUCGACGGCUGGAUUAGCAAUCGACUUUCCUACUAUCAACGUUCUGGGAUUUGUCUGUUACACUAUAUACACCACGGGCUUUUUGUAUUCUCCGUUAAUCCUGAAGCAAUAUGCUGCUCGACACCCUGUUUCGGAGAUGCCCAGUGUCCGCUUUAAUGACUUUGCCUUUGCCCUGCAUGCGGUCAUUCUGAGUUCAAUAGUCUACUCGCAGUUUUGGCCUAGGAUUUGGGGGUUUAGGGUAUCUCGCUUUCAGACCGUAAGUAGGCCUAUUCUGGGCCUGUUUUGGGGCUCGCUGGCGGCCGUUGCCGUUGUGGUCGGUAUUGUCCUUGUUAAAAGUCCUGAUGGGGGUUACGAUCCUUCGACUUGGGCAUGGAUUGACGUUCUCUAUGCCCUCUCGUACGUCAAAGUCAUUAUCACCGUUGUGAAAUAUGUGCCUCAGGCAUGGGUCAACUAUAAGCGCAAGUCAACCGUUGGCUGGAGUAUCACUCAGAUCCUGUUGGACCUAGCGGGCGGCGCGCUUUCUCUGAUCCAGCUGGUCAUCGAUUCAAGCUAUGAGAAUGACUGGAGCGGGAUUACGGGGAACCCUGUGAAAUUCCUGCUGGGAAACGUCACGAUUUUCUUUGAUUUGAUCUUUGUGGUUCAGCACUACAUCUUGUAUUGGCAUCCUAUGGAGUCACAAGCUAAACCGUUAAGUCAGGAACCGGAUUUGGUCACGCCACUCUUGUCGGAACCGGAUGAUUUACUGAGGGCGACUAUAGUAUGAGGGUAAGAGGUAUAGAGGAGGAUGGGAGCUGAGUAUUUUUAUUAUUUCGUUCUUUCAUUCCUCUCAUGAGAUCAGAUAGAGUACGUCACUGUUAGAAACGCACUAUUGCUUGUAUCAUUAUACCCAAAGUCACCAACGACUCAAUCGCGGCACAGUCAAGUUACAAAUAGAAGGAUUCAGCUCUUAAUGAUAAGAACUUAUUGAGUUGGGCUAGAAUCCCCAUGGUGCCUAAUUACCCCCAACAUCGGGCUGAGAUUCAGUGCUCCGUACAACCAAGUUC